AUGUGUUUUGAGGUUCUCACCCUGCUUGUGUGCGUGGGCGUUUUCCAGGGGGACUAUGUCUGGUUGGACCAGAAGACGGGUCGGGAGUUCGGGGUGCCGGUGGGCGCCGUGGUCAAGCUGUGUGACUCCGGACAGAUCCAGGUUGUGGACGAUGAGGGAAAUGAGCACUGGAUCUCCCCCCAGAAUGCCACCAACAUCAAGCCCAUGCACCCCACCUCCAUCCACGGGGUGGAGGACAUGAUCCGCCUGGGCGACCUGAACGAAGCCGGCAUCCUGCGCAACCUCCUCAUCAGAUACAGGGAUAAACUCAUUUACACGUACACGGGCUCCAUCUUGGUGGCGGUGAAUCCCUACCAGCUGCUGCCCAUCUACACGGCCGACCAGAUCCGCCUCUACACCAACAAGAAGAUCGGGGAGAUGCCGCCUCACAUCUUCGCCAUCGCAGACAACUGCUACUUCAACAUGCAGAGGAACAACCGGGACCAGUGCUGCAUCAUCAGCGGGGAGUCUGGAGCAGGGAAGACGGAGAGCACGAAGUUGAUCCUGCAGUUCCUGGCAGCCAUUAGCGGACAACACUCCUGGAUUGAACAACAAGUCCUGGAGGCUAACCCCAUACUGGAGGCGUUCGGAAACGCCAAGACCAUCCGCAACGACAACUCGUCCCGCUUCGGAAAGUACAUCGACAUCCACUUCAACAAGAGAGGCGCCAUAGAGGGGGCCAAGAUCGAGCAGUACCUGCUGGAGAAGUCCCGAGUCUGUCGACAGGCUCGUGAUGAGAGGAACUAUCAUGUCUUCUACUGCAUGCUGAAGGGCAUGACUCCUGACCAGAAGAAGAAGUUGGGGCUGAGCAAAGCUACAGACUACACCUACCUCACCAUCGGUAACUGUACGGUGUGUGACGGUCGUGACGACAUGAAAGAAUACUCCAACAUCCGAUCUGCGAUGAAGGUUCUGAUGUUUACAGACACAGAGAACUGGGAGAUCUCCAAACUACUGGCGGCCAUACUGCACAUGGGAAACCUCAGAUAUGAAGCUCGGACCUAUGACAACCUGGAUGCCUGUGAGGUUGUUUGCAGUGUUCACCUCACCACCGCUGCAGCACUGCUGGAGGUGGACAGUAAGGACUUAAUGAACUGCCUGACCAGCAGGAGUCUGAUCACCAGAGGGGAGACCGUCUCCACUCCGCUCAGUAUGGAACAAGCCCUGGAUGUACGGGAUGCAUUCGUGAAGGGCAUCUAUGGACGUCUGUUUGUGUGGAUUGUAGAGAAGAUCAAUGCGGCCAUCUACAAACCUCCGUCCAGUGAUCCCAAAGCUGUCAGGCGCUCCAUAGGACUGCUGGACAUCUUUGGCUUUGAAAACUUUAUGAUCAACAGCUUUGAGCAGCUGUGCAUCAACUUCGCCAAUGAGAACCUGCAGCAGUUCUUCGUCCGCCACGUUUUCAAGCUGGAGCAGGAGGAGUACAACCUGGAGAACAUCAGCUGGCAGCACAUCGAGUUCACCGACAACCAGGACGCGCUGGACAUGAUCGCCAUCAAACCCAUGAACAUCAUCUCCCUCAUCGACGAGGAGAGCAAGUUCCCCAAGGGUACAGACACCACCAUGUUGAACAAGCUGAAUUCUCAGCAUAAACUCAAUACCAACUACAUCCCUCCUAAAAACAACUAUGAGACCCAGUUUGGCAUCCAGCACUUUGCUGGGGUGGUUUACUACGAGACCAGAGGCUUCCUUGAGAAGAACAGAGACACAUUGUAUGGUGACAUCAUCCAGUUGGUCCACUCCUCCAAGAACAAGUUCAUCAAACAGAUCUUCCAGGCUGACGUUGCUAUGGGGGCGGAGACCAGGAAGCGCUCUCCCACCCUGAGCAGCCAGUUCAAGCGUUCGCUGGAGCUGCUGAUGAGAACUCUGAGCGUGUGUCAGCCCUUCUUCGUCCGCUGCAUCAAACCCAAUGAGUACAAGAAGCCCAUGCUGUUUGACAGGGAGCUGUGUGUGCGUCAACUCAGGUACUCUGGUAUGAUGGAGACCAUUCGGAUCCGCCGGGCCGGCUACCCGAUCCGCUACACCUUUGUGGAGUUUGUGGACCGGUACCGGGUCCUAAUACCUGGGAUCAAACCUGCCUACAAACAGGAGGACCUGAGAGGGACGUGUCAGAGGAUCGCGGAGGCUGUGCUGGGCAGAGACGAUGAUUGGCAGAUGGGAAAGACCAAGAUAUUCCUCAAGGACCACCACGACAUGCUGCUGGAGAUAGAGAGAGACAAAGCCAUCACGGACAAGGUCAUCCUCAUCCAGAAGGUGGUGCGAGGCUUCAAGGACAGAUCCAACUUCCUGAAGAUGAGGAAGUCGGCCAUGUUGAUCCAGAAGACAUGGCGAGGGUACAACUGUAGGAGGAACUACGGAGCGAUGCGAGCGGGUUUCUCCCGCCUCCAGGCCCUGGUCCGUUCCAGGAAGUUGUACAUCACGUACCACGUGGCGCGUCAGCGGAUCAUGCGCUUCCAGGCUCGCUGCCGGGGCUUCCUGGUCCGCAGGGCCUUCCGACACCGGUUCUGGGCCGUGCUCACCAUCCAGGCCCACACGCGGGGCAUGAUCGCACGCAGGCUGUACAAGAGGCUGAAGGGAGAGUACCGCAGGAGGCUGGAGGCGGAGAGGAUGCGCCUGGCUGAGGAGUCCAAGCUGAGGAACCAGAUGUCGGCUAAGAGGGCCAAAGCCGAGGCUGAGCGGAAACACCAGGAGCGUCUGAUGCAGCUGGCGAGGGAGGAUGCCGAGCAGGAGAAGAAGGAGAAGGAGGAGGCGCGGAAGAAGAAAGAGAUGGUGGAGCAGAUGGAGAAGGCCCGCAAUGAGCCCGUCAAUGACUCAGACAUGGUGGACAAGAUGUUUGGCUUCCUGGGGACCACCAGCUCCUUCCCUGGCCAGGAGGGACAGCCCCCUGCCGGCUUUGAGGACCUGGAGCGAACUCAGAGGGAACUGGAGGAGGAAGACCUGGAUGAGGCGCUCCCUCUACCGGAGGACGAUGAAGAGGAGGACCUGUCCGAGUACAAGUUCGCCAAAUAUGCUGCGACCUACUUCCAGGGCACCAGCACGCACACCUACGUUAGACGGCCCCUCAAGCAGCCGCUGCUCUUCCACGACGAUGAGGGAGACCAGCUGGCUGCCCUGGCGGUGUGGAUCACGGUGCUGAGGUUCAUGGGAGACCUGCCGGAGCCCAAGUACCACACGGCCAUCAGCGACGGCAGCGAGAAAAUACCCGUCAUGACCAAAAUCUACGAGACGCUGGGCAAGAAGACCUACAAGAGAGAACUACAGGCCCUGCAGGGGGAGGGAGAGACACCCCACGCUGACAGUCACAAGAAAAACAGCGUCCGACACAAGCUGGUGUCCCUCACCCUGAAGAAGAAGUCCAAAAUCACAGAGGAGGUCACCAAGCGCCUUAAUGAUGGAGAGUACGGUCUCCAUGGUAACAGUAUGCUGGAGGACAGGCCGACGUCCAACCUGGAGAAACUUCACUUCAUCAUUGGAAACGGGAUUCUGAGGCCGGGACUGAGGGAUGAGAUCUACUGUCAGAUCUGUAAACAGCUGAACCAGAACCCGUCUAAGAGCUCUCACGCCCGCGGCUGGAUCCUGAUGUCUCUGUGUGUCGGCUGCUUCGCCCCCUCCGACAAGUUUGUCAAGUACCUGAGGAACUUCAUCAGCGGCGGCCCGCCGGGCUACGCCCCGUACUGCGAGGAGCGGCUGAGACGGACCUUCGUCAACGGUACCAGAACACAGCCGCCUUCCUGGCUGGAGCUGCAGGCCACCAAGUCCAAGAAGCCCAUCAUGUUACCGGUGACCUUCAUGGACGGCACCACGAAGACCCUGCUGACCGACUCGGCCACCACGGCCAGGGAGCUCUGCAACGCCCUGUCCGACAAGAUCAGCCUGAGAGACCGCUUCGGCUUCUCCCUGUACAUCGCUCUGUUUGACAAGGUUUCCUCCCUGGGCAGUGGAAGCGACCACGUGAUGGACGCUGUGUCACAGUGUGAACAGUAUGCCAAGGAGCAAGGGGCGCAGGAGAGGAACGCCCCCUGGAGGCUGUUCUUCAGGAAGGAGAUCUUCACACCCUGGCACCUCCCCACCGACGACCAGGCGGCCACCAACCUCAUCUACCAGCAGAUCAUCCGAGGAGUCAAGUUUGGAGAGUACCGCUGCGACCGGGAUGACUUAGCAGAGCUGGCGUCCCAGCAGUACUACGUGGACUACGGGUCGGAAGUCCUCAUCGAGCGCCUGCUGAGCCUCAUCCCCUCCUACAUACCAGACAGGGAGAUCAGCACCUCCAGGACCGUGGAGAAGUGGGCCCAGCUCAUCAUGGCAGCUCACAAAAAGGGCAUCUACAUCCAGAAGAGGUUUGAGCCUCAGAAGGUGAAAGAGGAGGUGGUGGACUUCGCCCGCUACAAAUGGCCGCUUCUGUUCUCUCGUUUCUACGAGGCCUUCAAGUUCUCAGGUCCGAGCCUGCCGAAGAACGACGUGAUCGUGGCAGUGAACUGGACGGGGGUUUACUUUGUAGACGAACAGGAGCAAGUCCUCCUGGAGCUCUCUUUCCCAGAAAUCACCGCAGUCUCGAGCAGCAGAGGGGGGAAGCUGCAGGGUCAGAGUUUCACCCUGGCGACUAUCAAAGGAGACGAGUACACCUUCACCUCGAACAACGCCGAGGACAUCCGUGACCUGGUGGUGACCUUCCUGGAAGGGCUGAGGAAGAGGUCAAAGUUCGUGGUGGCUCUACAGGACAACCCCAAUCCCACGGGGGAGGAGUCCACCUUUCUCAGCUUCCUGAAAGGAGACCUGAUCCUGUUGGACCUGGACACCGGAGAGCAGGUUCUCAACUCCGGCUGGGCGCACGGCGUCAACGAGAGGAGCAAUCAGAGAGGAGAUUUCCCCGCCGACUGCGUCUACGUCCUGCCCACCAUGACCCGGCCUCAGCCCGAAAUCGUGGCACUGGUGACCAUGACGCCAGACCAGCGCCAGGAGUCGGUUCGGGUGGCUCAGCUGGUUUUACCAGAGGACGACGAGAGAAUGAAACCGUACACACUGGAGGAGUUCUCUUACGACUAUUUCAGGCCUCCUCCCAAACACACCCUCAGCAGGGUGAUGAUCAUGAAGAACCGCGGGAAGGACAAGUUGUGGAGCUGCACCAGGGAGCCCAUCAAACAGCCCUUACUGAAGAAGGUGGUCAACCACGAGGAGCUGGCCCAGGACGCCUGCAUGUCCUUCAUUGCUGUAAUGAAGUAUAUGGGCGACUACCCGUCUAAACGGACCCGGUCUGUCAAUGAGCUGACGGACCAGAUCUUCGAGGCAGCACUGAAAGCCGAGCCGCUGAAAGACGAGAUCUUCUGUCAGAUCCUGAAGCAGCUCACCGACAACCACGUCAAGUACAGUGAGGAGAAAGGCUGGGAGCUCCUCUGGCUCUGCACUGGACUCUUUCCCCCAAGCAAUGUCCUCCUGCCCCACGUCCAGCGAUUCCUCCAGUCCAAAAAGCACCACCCGCUUUCCGGAGACUGCAUGCAGAGGCUGCACAAGGCUCUACGUAAUGGAUCCAGGAAGUAUCCUCCUCACCUGGUGGAGGUGGAGGCCAUCCAACACAAGACCACCCAGAUCUUCCACAAAGUCUACUUCCCUGAUGAUACAGAUGAGGCGUUUGAGGUUGAAUCCAGCACCAAGGCAAAGGAUUUCUGUCAGAACAUCUCCACCAGGCUGCUGCUCAAAUCCUCUGACGGCUUCAGCCUCUUCGUCAAGAUCUCAGACAAGGUCAUCAGUGUCCCAGAAGGAGAUUUCUUCUUUGACUUUGUCCGACACCUCACUGACUGGAUCAAGAAAGCAAGGCCCGCUAAAGAUGGCAUCGUUCCUUCACUGACCUACCAGGUGUUCUUCAUGAAAAAGCUUUGGACCAACACCGUUCCUGGGAAGGACUCCUUUGCCGACUCCAUCUUCCAUUACUACCAGGAGUUGCCGAAGUACCUGCGGGGUUACCACAAGUGUUCCCGGGAGGAGGUCUUCCUGCUCGGAGCGCUCAUCUACCGUGUCAAGUUUGAAGACGACAAGUCGCAUUUCCCUACGAUUCCCAAGAUGCUUCGAGAGCUGGUUCCCCAGGAUCUGAUUCGUCAGAUGUCGCCUGACGACUGGAAGAGGUCUGUUGUAGCGUAUUUCAACAAGCAGGCCGGUAAAUCGAGGGAGGAGGCCAAACUCAUGUUCCUGAAGGUCAUCUACAAGUGGCCAACCUUCGGCUCCGCUUUCUUCGAGGUCAAGCAAACCACCGAGCCAAACUACCCAGAGAUCCUGCUGAUCGCCAUAAAUAAGAACGGAGUCAGUCUCAUAGACCCAAAGACGAAGGACAUCCUGACCACCCACCCCUUCACCAAGAUCUCUAACUGGAGCAGCGGGAACACCUACUUCCACAUCACCAUCGGCAAUCUGGUCAGAGGGAGCAAACUGCUCUGUGAGACCUCACUGGGCUACAAGAUGGACGACCUGCUGACGUCUUACAUCAGCCAGAUGCUGACCACCAUGGGCAAGCAGCGCUCUGGGCGGGGCCACAGCAAGUGAACUUCUUAUUGGCAGGAGGCCGUCGAGCUCAUCCGGCUCCUGCGCCCUAUUGGCCAACCCUGCAGCUGGGGGCGGAGUUUCGCAUUCCAGCUGUGGAGGAUGAGCCGCAGUCCCUCCGCUUUCUCAGGGGUGUCAAAGGUGACCGAGGAGAGUUCAGACGCUGGUAGCAAUGACCCUGGUGAAGGCCCCAGCAACUAUCACUAUGACAACCAUGAUGAUGAGCCAUCCAGUGAGGACGACUACCUCUAAAAUAUCUGCCCAGCAGGACUGAGACACAGCCUAUUUCCUGGUUUGGAACAGAACUGACUAAAUCUAUUGAACAUUUGAAGGCUAUGGUGUCGCGUUGGCUAAACUCAUGUGGACAAAUGUGCGCUCACACAUGUGCUGGACCAGACCUGGUAGUCCCAGUAACAGUGUCAGUCCUACUGUUUACACAGCCAACAGGUGACUUAAAGACUCCUUCAAGAUUAAGGGAUGGCGAGGAAAGUCGAGGGGGGUUCAGAGGAGGCCACCAGUGCAGCUAGCUAGCAUUAAGUCUGCCAUCUCAGCCACACUGGUCAGUUUAAUGUGCGAUGUAACAAGCCCAACUUUACAACUACUACCUUUUUGCUCUUCCUUUUAGUCCUACUUUCAUUUACAUUUGCAGAGAACCAACUCUGAUAUUAUAAUAGAUUCUGAAAGUUUAAAGAUCCGGUCCAGUGAAAAUCACGUUUUCCAAUCUCAUUGUAUUUUUUAAUAGUAGUAGUACAUUGUGUUUUUUUAAAAGGUUUGUUAAUGUAAAGUUUCCAAUUUAUCAGAACUGCAGUUGUUGUGAAAAUGUGAUUGAAGAACCCUUGAAAAACUCUCCUGCUGGUUGUCAACAUAAUUAAACCAUCUCAGAAAACCAGUCAGCUUCUGGUAAUAAAUGACGGUGUCUAAUACUCUGAUUUGAUUGGACGGUCAACUGUUUUGUCAUCAACAGUCUGUCAGCUGGUCUGUUUUUGAAUAGUUGCUCAGCAACAGCAUGCUAGUGAGCGAGCUAGCUAGCUAUAAAUAGGGUCUUGUGAACGCAAGCUGCUGAGAACUGUCUGUUCAGAGAGGGGGCGCCAAAACAGUUAUAACAAAUUAAAUGAUAUUUCUGAAGAGGGUGAGAUUACUCCUAAUAUUAAUAUUACACAAUAAAACAUCAUGCUAGUUAGCGAGCUAGCUAGCUAUCAAUAGGGUCUUGUGAACUCAACCUGCUGAGAAUUGUCUUGUGUUCAGAGAGGGGGCGCCAAAACAGUUAUAACAAAUCAAAUGAUAUUUCUGAAGUGGGACAGAUGACUCCUACCAUUGAUAUUACACAAUAAAACUUGUCUGACCAAAUUAAAAUCAUUGGACAGAAUCUCUAAGAUAAUUCUUAAUGUUAGGUUGUCAUUAAGCACACCUUCUCUUAUUUGUCCUUGGUUGUUUUGGCUGAACGAGUUCAUAGAUAGUUUCUUAAGACCGUCUUGGCCUGGGUUUCCAAUAUAUUUGGCCCCGCUCCCUGACCGAGGCUCAUUAGAACAUGUUACAGCUUCAGUUGUAUGAACCCACUAAAACCAGACCUUAUUACACUAGCUGACACAGAGGAAUAGUAAAUAUUUGUGCGCAACUGUUGUAAAAAGCUAUAAUUGUAUUGCUUUUGAUUUGACUUUUCUAUCAUUUGUGAUUUAUAUUUGUUUACACCACUCCCUUUUGUUAAACAUUAUAUUAUUAAUCAUGUUUUAAGUGUUACAUGUAAUGCCUUAAUUUUUUUUUCUCUUUUAAAACUUCAUUUCCCAGCAUUCCACAAGGUGCCAAUGCUGAGAAACAUACUGUACUUGUCAUUGUGGGGCUUUUUUUGUAGUUCUUUUAUCUGGUAAAUGUCUUAAUAAAUUGAUCUGUUGUUGUUGUGAUGUGUUGCAUGGCCAAAUUUUUUUUUUUGUCACAGAAAUUCAAAUUCUAGAUUCCAGAAGCAUUUUGUGACUUUCACAUUUUAAGGCUUUUGAAAAUGUUUGUUGAAGUUAACAAAGUCAAUGUAAGAAUAAAGGAA